UAUUCAGUAGUCUGGUGUAAGUGCUCGCAAAAGGACGGUCAAGUGUUUCCAGCGCGGAAAGUUCAUGUUUAUUAGCCGCCGUGCGUUCACACAAAAGGGAGAGUGCUAUUUAAAAUGAAGCCAAAGGUAAUGUUUUGUUGGCUACACGAGAUGUGAGUUCAGUGGCUAGCCGUGACUGUGUCUGCUAACUCAUUGCUGACAAGUGUUUAUGCGGGUGUGUGUGUGUGUGGGGCGAUUAAAUUGAAUUGAUGUGAAAUUUAAGCCGUCAUGCUGGCACAAAUUAUGCUAAAGGUGUCGCAAUGAAAUUAUACGCUGUACAAAUUGUGAAAGUGUCAGCUGCUGUUAGUAACUCUGCACUUGUCAAGGAAAUGCUCGGCUUAAUGCUAUUUCCUUUAAGCGGAAGUCAUAAGUUUCAAGUGAAAUGUGCCGCGGAACUACCAAAGUUAUAAAUAUACUUCCGUCAAUAUUAUUGCAAGUGAAGUGUGUCAGUUUGUGCCAGCGCCGUCUGUAUUGAAAGUGAAAAAACGUAAAAAAGGGCGUUAAAUAAAGGCAAGCGCAAGUGGCAAAGCAAUUGCAGUGUGGGCAAAUAGUACACGUUCAUCUAGCUUUUGAACCCAACAAGCAGUGUUUAAUAAAAUAAAAAGUAAAAAAAAAAUAUCAGCGCGCUUGGAGCAAGUUGGCUGUUAAUCGCAGUGCAGUGUUUGAGCCAAAAGUAAAUAAAAAACCUUCAGUAAGGCACACAGCAAGCGAGCCAAGCGCAAUUGGCACAGUUCAACAAAUUACCGAUUCCAUUAAACGUGUGCGAAUCGUGUGCGCCACGUGCGCUGACCAAGCGUGGUCUAACGCAGAUAUGCCUAAGCAAAUGCAGUUUUAAUUGUUGUGGGUGAAGUGAGCUCAAAGCCGCCAUAAUUGUUGCACAAACAAAACACAGACGGGCGAUUCGACCAAACGCAAUUAGUAAACAAUAUAUAUUUAUACGCAAAUACACACAUAAAUACAUACAUAUAUAUAAAUAUAUAUAAGCACGCUCUUAUACAGUUAAGUCAGCGCUUGUAAACAGCCUGUGUUUGUUUGUUGUAUGCCGCACAGGCAGCGCAACGCAAGUUUGUUAUCGCUUCAUCGAAACGGCAAGUGCUUGCAUGUGCAUGUGAAAAGGAAACCACAGUGCUUGUGCAUGUGUGCGUGUAUGUGCGUGUGUUGAAGGCCAUUGCAGCGAGCUGCGAUUCGUGUCAACGACAGUGAAGCUGCGUAAGAACGCGUUCGUGCAAAGCCUUCGAAGGGCUCAGCUACAACAGUAACAACAACAACAACAACAACAACAACAACAGCAACGACAGCAACAACAACAGCAGCAGCAACAACAGCAACAACGACAACGAGAACGGGCGUCAACUAUCCGCCGCCAAUCGCGGUUGCGGCUAAGUUGGGUAACGUCCUUCAAGCGCCAUCAUUGUCGAAAACAACAAGUCAUUUCUGACAGCAGUUGUCAUCGCUAAUAACAAUAGCAGCAACAACGCUGCAAGUGGCAACGUUAGUGUGCUGUUUUUCGUCAGACGAUUUUUUUUUUUAUUAAUUUUCGCAAAUCUUCUUUGGCUAUCGACGUCGCGGCGCUGAGCUUUCGACUGUCGCCUUGUUGGUCCGCGCUGUCGUCGUGGGUGUCGUCAUUUUGGUAAUUGCGACAGCCUUUCGCAGACAUCGUAGCAGUAGUGGCAGACAAGCGAGCAAGCGCAAGUAAACAAGUAAAAAAAUAUUGCAUAUAACGGAAUUUCACAUGAAAUGUUGCUGGAAUACGUAAUGAUGCUGCUUGUGUUCGGAUUAACCACAAACGUUGAGCGAAGUCAAAGCAACGCAUACGCAUUCGAAGGUACAACCAGAUAUCCACCACAUCACCAUCGCCCGCCGCCCCAAAAUGCGCUCACUUCAAGUGGACACCAUCACCCACAACAACAUCAUUUCGACUCAAUAUCGCUAGCAGGCCACCUAGCAGCCUCGUCACUUGUGUCGUCCUCAUCGCCAUCGCUCGCAUCAUUAUCACAGCUCGAGCUGUCCAAUGUCAUUGUGGACAGUUUCGAAGGUGUGGGUGGUAUAGGAGGUGGCGGCGGUGAGCCGCAAUUUGAAAAUACCACCGAACGUGAGGUGAUUGCGGCUGUCGGUACGACCGCACGGUUGCACUGUCGUGUGCGAAAUCUGGGAGAUCGAGCUGUCUCAUGGAUACGUAAGCGUGACCUACAUAUUCUCACCAUCGGCAUCAUGACAUACACGAACGAUCAGCGUUUUCUGGCGCGUCACACCGACAACUCGGACGAAUGGGUGUUGAAGGUGGUGUCGGUGCAGCCACGCGAUGCUGGCGUUUACGAGUGUCAGGUGUCGACAGAGCCGAAAAUUAGUCAGGCGUACAAGCUGAUGGUUGUGACAUCGAAAGCGCAGAUACUGUCGAAUCGUGAGCUUUACAUACAAAGCGGCAGCGAUAUAAAUCUGACGUGCAUUGCACCGCAAGCGCCCGGCCCGUACACGCAUAUGAUGUGGUACAAGGACAGCGAAUUAAUUAACGACUCAACGCGUGGUGGUAUACGCGUCGUAUCGGAGCAGCAAAUGAAGACGAGCAAUUUGGUGAUAUCGCGGGUGCUGCACCGGGACUCGGGGAAUUACACAUGUGCAGCAGAUAAUUCAAAUUCGGAUAGUGUGUUAGUGCAUAUCAUCAAGAGUGAGCAGCAUGCGGCCAUGCAACAUGAGCUUGCCACGCGCAUGCAGACGCCGCGACUGAUGCUGGUAUUACUGGCAUUUUUCUAUUUAUUCGAGCGCGCAAUUAAAUGAAUGGAGUACGGUUGCGCUAUGAGUUAGUGUAAUUUAAAUUAAGGAUUAGCAACAAAAACAAUAAGAUACUUGAAACUAUUGAAUAAGCAGCAGAAAAUAAUACUACUAAAUAAGUCUUACAGUUGCAACAGCUUAGCUGUUCGAAGCGCAUAUGCCGUGAGGAGGUCACAAUGGAGUUGCGCACGUGAAGGUGACGAUAUGCAAGUGUAUACCAUACUAAAUUCUGCAGAAUUCUGCGCUUUGUAUUGAACUAACUGUUGUUUAAUUGCGUAAACUAGUCACUGCGCUCACCACUCAGCACGCUUGCGUCAGCACAAUUGCAGAACCAAAGAACCAAAGUAACCAAGACAACGAAUGUGCGUUGAGUUAUACGUUGAGGGAAGGACGCGCCGCUGCUGCAGCUCAAUUUGCGUACAUUUGUGUGCACAAGAGACUUGAUAAUUGUUAGUUGUUUUUACAUAUAGCUGUCUGAUAGCUGUAACUAAUCCUUUACUUGCUGUUAAUUCACGAUUUUCCAUUAUUUGGUAUUUGCGUUUCUUAGCUUUAAUGCGCUAUUUUGUUAUGUAUGUAUGUAUAUUCUGAAGCGUUAUAUUUCACUUGUAAAUGUAGUUAAUUAAACAUUAUUUGUAAGUAUUUUUGUACUUAAUAAUAGCUGAUAAGUUAAGGAUUUUAAGUGAAUGUGUAUGUGUGUGCGAGGGAGUUGAAAUUGACAGCAAAUCAAAAGUGUAACUCAAGAAUUCAAUGUGUAUAUAUAAAAAAAUAUGAAACAAUAAAUAUUAUUAUUAAACC